AGGAGGCUCAGGCCCGCCUGCGGGCUGGUCCCCAUCCGUCCUCUUAGACCCCGCGAGGGUGAUGCAACCUUCGCAUACUGCCGUUGCGAGGCUGCCAAGGCCGCCUUCUGCGCGGGAGGACUGACCCCUGGCGGCCGACGCAGACAUUGCGGGCUUGGUGCUUGGACUCAACUUCUGAGCUGUGUUGCAUCAGCCAACGGGCCCUAAGGAAGCUGAAUAAGGCCUCAGGCUUCCUGCCACCCUGCAGGCCGGGAAGUUGGGAGGUGUGGCGGGUGGGGUGAGGGGUCCGAGUCCCAUGGCCUAGGACGUUCAUUUCUCCGAGGCUCGGUCUCUCCUCUGGUGGGACCAUGUCUCGAAGAGCCCCUGGCUUGGCUUCUGGAGCUGGCGGCCAGGUAGGAGCCCCCAGGAAAGCUCCAUCGGCUGCUGCUGAGCCGAGCUCUCCUGAACCCGGCCUGCGCUGCCCCCAGCGCACCUGGACCACAGACCCAAGUGAUGUGAUAUGAAGAGGGAAUGAAACGCUGACAGGGAGCGCUGGCUCACGUCUGUGAUCCCACCACUUUGGGAGGCCGAGGUUUUGGUAGUUUCUUCUUCCCUAUCUUUGCAUCGGAUAUCUUACAGAAUGUUCUUAAUCUUCACGUGCUUCUUCUGAGAUCAGUGAUAAAGAAGACAUGGAUACUGCAAGAAGGAAGGAGGCCCUCUGCACGACACUAAGAUGAGUGACGGUACAGCUGUGCACGACACUAAGAUGAGUGACGCCACAGCACGGACCUUUGCUCAAGAUCUGUCAGCAGGAAAUACCCCCCAAGUGCCGAGAGUGCUGGCAUGCAGCAGAGAAGGCUAACUAGGUUUAUGGAUAAGGCUUGGAGUGGGUUGGAAAAUCAUUCCUCCUCGGCUGCUCAGUGACUAGUCAUUGAUUGGAUCUAAGAUGGAGUCUUGCUUUGUCGCCCAGGCUGGAGUGCAGUGGUGCAAUCUCGGCUCACUGCAACCUCUGCUGCCUAGGUUCAAGUGAUUCUUUUGCCUCAGCCUCCUGAAUAUCUGGGACUACAGGAUCUCGCUCUGUCGCCCAGGUUGGGGUGCAGGGGCGCAUUGCUGCCUGGAACUCCUUGACUCAAGCGAUCUUCCCGCCUCACCCUCCCGAGGAGCUAGGACCACUGGGCGCGAGACACCACGCCCGGUUAUUUUUUUUUUUUCUUCUGUAGUGACUGGGGGUGGGGGGUGGUGUCUCGCUUUGUUGCCCAGGCUGAUCUCGAACUCCUGGACUCAAGCGAUCCGCCCGCCAAGGCCUCCCAAAGCGCCAGGGUUACAGGCAUGAACCACCGCGCCCAGCCCGGGGCCGGUCAUCUUCUCCGGGGCCUUAUGCAGAGUCCGAAGACGGAGCUCCAAGACUGAACCUCGUAAAGGGCCCAGCCGCACCUCUAGCCGGAAGCGGCUCGAACUCGGGGCCGGAAGUGACUCCAUUUCUGUGCGCCGAGCUCCGCCCCACGAGCACCUGUUUCCGAGCGGAGAGCGCGGGUCGUUUCCUCUCCUGGUGUCCCGUCGCGGCUUGGGACCCGGCAAGAUGGGCAAGAAGGGCAAGAAGGAGAAGAAGGGCCGCGGCGCGGAGAAGACGGCCGCCAAGAUGGAGAAGAAGGUGUCUAAGCGCUCGCGGAAGGAGGAGAGGGCAAAUAAUCAUCACAGCAGCCCUGAGGAGUGAGCAGCAGAUGGUUAAGUGAAGAAGGCACUGGAGCCACGGGGUAUCCCGUAGCAGCUGAUGGCGGCCAUCACGGUUGUCUUCUUCCCUCUGGUCCUCAGCCCGGGGUCUGCAGGAGGAUCCGUCCUGACCUUGGGGUUGAGUGUUCUGCGGCUGCUGCUCAUGGAUUCCCUAACCGGGGGCAGUUUUAUGGCCUGCCGUGCACCAGGCACAGCUCCCUGGGCUUUACUCCUCACGACCAGGAAGACCUGGAAGCGCUCAUAGCCCAUUUCCAGACACUCGAUGCCAAGAGGACUCAGACUGUGGAAAUUCCGUGCUCCCCGCCCUCACCAAGGUUAAAUGCCUCCCUCUCGGUUCAUCCUGAGAAAGAUGAGUUAAUCCUUUUUGGAGGUGAAUAUUUCAACGGCCAAAAAACUUCUUUGUAUAACGAGCUCUAUGUCUACAAUAUCAGAAAGGACACCUGGACCAAAGUUGACAUCCCCAGUCCACCUCCGAGGCGCUGUGCUCACCAGGCGGUGGUGGUGCCUCAAGGUGGCGGACAGCUGUGGGUCUUUGGAGGGGAGUUUGCCUCUCCCAACGGAGAGCAGUUCUACCACUACAAGGAUCUCUGGGUCCUGCAUUUGGCCACCAAGACCUGGGAACAAGUCAAAUCAACAGGCGGUCCUUCGGGUCGGAGUGGACAUCGGAUGGUGGCCUGGAAGAGACAAUUGAUCCUUUUUGGUGGCUUCCAUGAAAGUACACGGGAUUACAUCUACUACAACGACGUGUAUGCCUUUAAUCUGGACACCUUCACAUGGAGCAAGCUGUCCCCGUCAGGGACGGGGCCCACACCCAGAUCAGGCUGCCAGAUGUCCGUCACUCCCCAGGGCGGCAUCGUCGUCUAUGGGGGCUACUCGAAACAGAGAGUUAAGAAAGACGUGGACAAGGGCACACGGCACUCAGACAUGUUCCUGCUGAAGCCGGAGGACGGAAGAGAAGACAAGUGGGUUUGGACUCGGAUGAACCCUUCGGGGGUCAAGCCCACCCCACGGUCUGGGUUUUCCGUGGCCAUGGCCCCGAAUCACCAGACACUGUUCUUCGGGGGUGUCUGUGACGAGGAAGAGGAGGAGAGCCUGUCGGGCGAGUUCUUCAACGAUCUGUACUUCUACGACGCCACCAGGAACCGUUGGUUUGAGGGACAGCUGAAGGGACCCAAGUCUGAAAAGAAGAAACGCAGGCGGGGCAGAAAAGAGGAGCCCGAAGGUGGUAGCAAGCCAGCGUGUGGGGGAGCUGGCACCCAGGGGCCUGUGCAGGUGGUCAAGGAGGUGGUGGCCGAGGAUGGCACCGUGGUCACCAUUAAGCAGGUGCUCACCGCCCCAGGCUCGGUGGGGCAGCCCCGGUCUGAGGACGAAGACAGCCUUGAGGAGGCCGGCAGCCCCGCACCUGGGCCGUGUCCACGCUCCAACGCCAUGCUGGCUGUGAAGCAUGGGAUGCUCUACGUCUAUGGGGGCAUGUUUGAGGCCGGCGACCGCCAGGUCACCCUCAGCGACCUGCACUGCCUGGACCUGCACAGGAUGGAGGCGUGGAAGGCCUUGGUGGAGAUGGACCCAGAAACUCAGGAGUGGCUGGAGGAGACGGACUCGGAAGAGGACAGUGAGGAGGUUGAGGGCGCCGAGGGUGGGGUCGACGACCACGACAGCGGAGAGGAGAGCGGCGCGGGGGACUGAGAAGAGCCCCUGCCAGGGGCGCCUGGCAAGUGCUGUGCCCACGUCUGCCCAGGACCCAGCCGUGUUGAGUGAAGCUCUUGGGGCCAGCGUGCGCCCUGACGCACAGGAGAGAGCUGAAGGUGGGUGGCCCAGGCCAGGGUGUGAACUUUCUCCCAUGGUUUAGUCUCUGACGCGGCGCUGGGCCGGAAGUUCAACUGAGUGCAGUGCAGGUGGAUUCCCUCAGCAGCCUGUGUGUUGUGUGAAAUAAAUUGGACUUGAAACAAGA